AUGGCAGAAUCUUACGCAAGUGCACAUGUUCUACGUGGAUUAGAUGAUAUAAAAUCUGACAACGUCAUUAUUUCACAUGCAAUCCAUCUACCUUUAUUAAUAUAUCCUAAUGAAGAAUUUGUUUAUGAUAUGUCAUAUUUAUUAAUUGCUAAAAUGUAUGGACGUCAUAUUGGUAUUAAAGGUCCUUUAGCAUUGCAAAAACUGAACAUAUCUUUUCUGGUACCAUCAGUUCGAAAUGAAAAUCGUAAAGGAAAAAAACUGAACUUUCGACUUGUACAUUUAAAAACAUGUGUGACUUUUACUGCUACAUCGGCUAUUUUCCCACCAAUACUGUUACCUCCGACUUGUGAACCAAACUUAAUUGGUAGUACAUCCUCAAUAACUAGUCUUCUUGAAUGGUCCAAACGGACUGGUGUUUUUGACUCAAACCGUUGUCAUGGUCGGACACGAAUACAGACUGAGUUUCAUGUUUCUCCUCAUCUUUUACCACGUUUGGAAAAGGUAGAUAUUCUCCUCAUUUCAUCUCGACUACAAUUUCUAAGGUCGGAAUGUAUUUUCUUUAUAAAUACUUGUCACACAAAUCAAAUAUAA